UUCGUUCAUCAAGAUCCUUCGCUGAAGCUUCCGCAUUACGUCAAAGUCUUCGACCGUAGCUUCCUUCGCUCUUUCCUGCCAAAAAAUCCCAAGCGUUUCAUUACCUUUCUCCUCCUCCGCCUCCUAUUCUUCUUACAAUUAAAUAUAUAUAUAUUAACCAUCUGCGAACAAGAGAGGGACGAAGAAGAGAAAAAGAGGGACGGGGUCUAUUUCAUGACGAGCGCUUCGGAGUUGUUCUAUAUUCGGAGGUCUCGAUUGGGCCGGAGCUCGGAGGCAGAGCCAGCGCUCGGGCUUCUCCCCUCAUCCGACCGAGACACCGGCCUCCGCCAUCCCCACCGCUGCCGCGCGCCGCGCGACCGCCCCCACCGCCGUGGGGAUGGCUGCGAUUUUUCGCGCCGCUUUAACGCCGGGGCUCCCCCGGCCCGGCAUCCCUGCCACCAUCGCGCCUCCCAAAUGGAACAUGAAUCAGUUUGGUUAGAUAAUGGUGCUACCAACAUAUCUGGGACACCCAACAAUAAUUAUGGUGGAACUGCCAACAGCAGAGCCGAAAGUUUGAGAUUUCUUCAAAAUGAUCGACUUCCGAGUUCUGUAAUACAGGCACAGGCAAGGCUUCUAGAGCGAUUUAGAGGAAUGUCUCUUACAGAAAGGAGGCGGAGAACCACAAGUUCAGGUAUGUCAUUGGGUGAAUUUGCAUUCAGCAAUGACUUCAACAUCAGAAACUCUGCGGACAGGGAAUCUGAGACUCCAGGAGAGUGGUUUGAAUCAGGCAUACCAUAUACCGACCUCACCUAUGAUGCAGAUGACGUAUAUUCUCUCCAAAAUUUUUGCAAGAAAAAGCCUCCGGGACUCAGCUGGGAGGCUAUCUGCAGCCUGCAGCUGGAGGUUUUCAAAGAUGUGGAGGAAGGUGGUGAUGCCAUGAAAACAUUGCCCGAGUGUUCAAUAUGCCUGGAGAGGUUCUUGGUGGGGGAUGAGCUGAUUCAGCUCUGUUGCGGUCAUAGGUUCCAUUUCACUUGCUUGGAGCCAUGGCUGCGGGCUUGUGGGGAUUGCCCAUAUUGUCGGGCAAGUCUAUAAUCUUUCGGUUAUGGAGCAACACAUACAAAGAUACAAUGAACCCCUUAUUCAUUUAUUCUCGCAGCGUUACGUGACAUGCCCAAUGCUGGAGAUGCCCACAGAACUGAUUUUGUUCUUGUGAUGUCAUUUGUAUUGUUGGAUUAGCAGAGGCACAACUUGUACCAGCCUUCUCUCUUAUGUGCUUGUUAUUGUGCCUGUGAGUGUAAAAUAUGAUAUGUUGUAUGUUGUUCGAAUUUGUUUUAAAACAAAAUUAGUUGAAAAAGGCUUCUUGAUGGACUA